UUGUCUCCACCCCACGCAAACCCCUCCUCCCUUCCCCUUCCAGAUCGCCGCCGCCGCCUCCCCAUCAGCUCCACCGGCGAGCCCUUCCUCACCGCAUCGCCACCCCCACGCCCAUCCAUGGCAUCCCCCGCGCCCUUCCAUCAGCAUCUAUGGCCUCCCCCGCGCCCUUCCUCACCGCAUCGCCACCCCAACCCCCUGCCUUCCUCUCCCCGACGCUCCCCUCGCUCCGGGCCUUCAUCCUCUCCGGCCAGAUCAACCGGGCGCGGCCCCUACCCUAGGCAGGGAGGGCGGAUCGCCGCUGCGCGGGCACACGGGAAGGGGCGGCGGCGGAAGCGCAUCCCCAAGAUCUAGCCCGUCAAGCACCGUGUCGAAGUCUCUCCUUCGAGGAGCUCUAUGUGCGGGUGUGCGGAGGCGCUCGUGAGGGCGGUGGUGGCCUUCUUCGACGCCUUCCUCGUUGACUGCUUCCUCUUCUGGUUCCGCCGCCCCCGCCCCCGCCCCGACAACCCCGCCUCCGCCCACCGGGAUCCGCUUGUGCCCAAGGACUGGACAGGGGAGGUGCUCCCGGCCUCGGACAAAGAGAAAGGUUUUGCAGAGAGCACAUUGUCGAACCAGCAGUUGGCAGAUGGCAAUGACACAAAUGAGGAGCUUAGGCGAGAGCCAAUUUUGCUGUCCAGAACACUACUUCAGUUAAUACACUAUCUAGUACUGCUAGUUCUCAUCUCACUUGUUGUGCUUCUUGUACUGGGAGCACUCUUUGUUAUCCCAAGAUCUAACAUCAAAGGCAACAUGGUGAAUCUAGUACAGGCAUCGUUGGCCAUCCUCUUCGAGGCUGUGUUUAGGAUGAGCUGCAGCAGGACAACCUGUAGCGGAAGAACUUCGAGGGCAAGAUCAAGGAGAACCAGGAGACGAUCACCGGUUACCUCAUCCUCGUCGGCAUGGUUGGCUCCUUUGGCAGACCCCUCUUUGGCUCCGACCAACUUACUUUUGUCGCUGGCUAGCAGCAUUUCCAGGUGUUGUGUGUUCUGGAAGAUGGAAGAGGAAGAAAAUUUAUUUAUUUUGAACUAUUUUUUUUGUAUUAUGUUUGUUGUACAUAUGAUUUGAUAGUUUUGUAUAGGAACAUGUGAUACUAUUUUGUAGGGAUUUAUGGCCUGUGAUGUAAACAUAUUUAGUGAUGAAUUAUGAAAUUAUUUGCAAAAUUUAUCGAAAAGGAGAAUCAUUUGUAUGAA